UUAAAGACCCAAGGUACGAUGCCAAGGUCUUUCUUGGUGAAGAAGCACUUUACUAACAAGAAGCCUGACUAUGGAAUGCUGAAUUCAAAAAAACACGAGGUGAUCCAUAUUGAAUCUUCAUGCUCCAAACUGAAAAUGCUGCAUCACCACGAGGCUUUGUUUCCAGCGCCAUGUCUUGUGAACUCAGCGCUGAGCACCACUCUGCGGGUGAACCCUAUCAAUCCAGGGAUUUACCUGCCUCCACAGCACCCAAACCAGUCCAUGGAAGGCCCAAUUCUGGCUCUCACUUAUCCCUUACACAUGAUGUCCAGUCCCUUCCGAGACAUGGAGCCUGCACUCAAAGUACUGGAGUCAACAGAAGCACACAAGACAGACCCAGAAGACAAAGUAUCUGUGUCCCAGUUAGGACUGGGCACUAUUGGAAGCAGUCAAGAACGCCGUGAUGAGUGUUUUGACUGCCAAAAAGCUUACUUUACCAUCUCUGGCUUGACCAAACAGAGGCAGCUCCACUGUGAGUGGCAAUGCCAAAAGUACUUUAGCUGUAAGUUUUGCGACAAGGAGUAUGUGAGUCUAGGGGCGCUGAAGAUGCACAUCCGCACACACACGCUGCCUUGUGUGUGUAAACUCUGUGGAAAGGCCUUCUCCAGACCCUGGCUACUUCAGGGACACAUUCGCACACACACAGGCGAAAAGCCGUUCUCCUGCCCUCACUGCAGUCGUGCAUUCGCUGACCGCUCAAACCUUCGGGCACAUCUUCAAACGCACUCUGAGAUCAAGAAAUACCAGUGCAGAAGCUGUUUCAAGACCUUCUCCAGGAUAUCACUCCUGUCAAAGCAUGAGGAGGCCAGCUGCUGUCCCAUGUCCUGAUAUUUACUGUGGCAGUAGUCCGUUCCUCCUCAAGUUCCUCCUAUUGGGUGGAUCAACAAAUGCUGUGCACAAGAAUCUGAUAUACAGAACGAUACAUACUGUAGCUACACCGUGAUCACACACUAAUGCACUGAUGAAUUUUGAAUUUACUGUAUAAAGAACAAUAUGCAUUGGGUGUAACCUAUAAUUGAGUUUUUCAAUGGUAGUUGUGAUCGUUUUUUCAGGUUAAGAUUUUGU